ACCAGGUUAAAGUACAGCCACAACCCCGUGAGCCAUUCCAAACGAAUAUUAACAUAGGAAAUACCUCAGUCGUCUGGUUACUCGACAACAGACCCUGGGAAAACUUUGCAUAUCUGAUUUUAUCGUGAAAUGUUAGUCGGUGAGAAGUGAAAGUGUAUAAUUAUUUAAGACCAAAGUAUCGUGUAGAAAGAUGACUGUUAGUUGGAUUUAUUCUCGAGUUGGACUGGCAGACACAGUGUAACGCACAAGACCUUGCUUAGUGAGGGACUAAAGCAGUCUGGAGAAAUGGAAUCGUCAAUAUAUAGGCUCGUUCUGUUUGUAACUGUGAUUGUUGCGGGAACCAACCCGAGAGCUGAGGCUGGGAUCUUUUGCCAUGACGCUACUGGUUGUGAGAGAAAUCCUUUACUUGAGAACGAUCUAUCGAUACAGCAUUUUUCAACCGAUCAUAAACUGGGUGGGAAGACGCUUCGAGAACCCAUCGUAUAUGAGCCAGAAGUCAACGUCAAAGAGUUUGAAAAACCGGUGUCUGCCUCAUGUAAUCGUUCUGAGGUAGAAGGUUUCAUCAGAUGGAGGGUUGGAGAGUUGGAAAGAUUGACAGAGGAAUACAAGCGGGAUGAGGAAGAUUUCAUGAGGCAGGUUUUUCAACUACACUCGGCCUUCGAGGACAUCGUCGCAAGCAUCAAAAAUAGACAAGGUAUCCUCCCUAAGGAUUGUUCGGCAGCCUUAACUAAGGACAAGGCAAAUAGUGGUGUGUACACAGUGCAGCCGCGAGAUGGUGGAGCAGCCAUUCAAGUGUACUGUGACAUGGCCACCGAUGGUGGCGGUUGGACGGUGUUUCAGCGUCGUAAAGACGGCUCAGUAGACUUCUACCGUGAUUUUGAUAGUUAUCGCCAAGGCUUCGGUGAUGUAGACGGUGAGUUCUGGCUGGGCAAUGAUAAUCUAUAUCGACUAACCUCUCAAGAUGACUACAUUCUACGAAUUGAUCUGACAGACUUCCAGAACAACUCCGCGUACGCUAUGUACCCCAACUUCAGGAUUGCUGAUCUGUCUGACUACUAUCGGUUGAGCGUUUCUGGCUACUGGGGAACAGCAGGUGACUCUUUGUCUAAACACGUCGACAAGCGCUUCUCUACCUAUGAUGUAGACAACGAUGAUUGGAUAAAAAGCUGUGCCAUACAGUUUGGCGGUGCCUGGUGGUAUGCAGGUUGUUAUCAGUCUAACCUGAAUGGUCGAUAUUUUGGAGAACCGUACCAGGGGAUAGCCUGGUACACUUGGAAAGGAAACUAUGAAUCCUUGAGAAUUUCCGAGAUGAAAUUUAAAAUUAUGAACAAAUAAGCAACUGUCUAAACUUACCUUUAAGUUAAACAAGACAUAGAAGUUCAUGUAAUUGUCUCAUUGCAUUCCAGUCCUGUAAUGCUCAAGCCGGGCUGAAAUCGAUUGAAGUUCUAGCAGAAGUCAGUCGUUAAAGGGACCAUGGAAUACAUUGGUUUCAUUACAACCCUUAGAAUUUUACCCUAAUAUUUUCAUUAAUCAAAGUUUCAGUUUUUGUUUUAAAAAGAAUCUGUAUUUUGGAGCCCAUAUGGUUUUGGGGGUUAUUUAAUAUGCAUAUACAUGAGCAAAACGGUCACCCCAGUCAAUGAACCUCGAUGUUGCAGAUUUAUGCACAGAAGCUGGAAUUUGCAAUGCUUUUCUGUCGUAAAUUUCCAUUCUUUGGCAAUUUAUUGUUGUGAACAUGUAAAUAUAGGGGCAAUAAGUCAGCGAGCAGCCUUUUUCUCGCCAAUCUUUUCAAACAACAAGUAUGGGCUUCAACUUCCCCCCUCCCCUAACAACACCCUUGUGUCCAAAACAUUUGGCAGUAGCGCACACAGUACAGCCGUAUGUAAGUCAUUGGCUUCCGAGUCUGCAAGUAUUAACAGUAGCCAGUAUGUUUGAACACAGCCAAGGCACAUUAUUUACGCAGAUAAGAAACAUUGCAAAUUUCGUCACUAUCCGGUUCGUAAGUGACUUCCUCACAAAGGCGGACGCGCCCCGAUUUGCAGGCUUCCAUUGGACA